UUCCGCUUUCUCUUUUUUUCUCUGAUACAUGUAGAUAUGCAUAGUUGAAAUAAUUUGUAAACUAGUAAUUAGUUUCUUGUUGGGUUGGUAAAAGAUUUAUCACUUAUAUGAAAUUUAUAAUUAAAUGACAUUUAGAAAUAAUUUAAAGUAGAUUCGAAAAAUAAUACUGAAUGAAAAGUUGAUAAAUCAAAUGCAUGUUCAUUUGUUUCAAAUAUUUUAAGAUUUUUCACAAAUACACAUUAAAUUUAUUGUUCCAUCUAUGUUGGUUCCAUCCUAUAUUGCUUUCUUAUCUUUUAUUAGGUAUAACUUUGGAACGUUUUCUUUAAUUGGAACUUAUUUUGAAAAACAUUGUCGAAAAUAGGUUAUGAUUUUGCAUCUGAGAAUUUUAUUCGGUUGCUUGUGAGACGCAAAUUUUAUAAGACUUUAAUAAAUAAUAUAUUGAGCAAUGUCUAAUAACAAAGAUGAAAAACAAUAUGGUUUGAUUUUACCUAAAAAGCAACAACGCAUUGCUCCAAAAGUCAAUAAUGUAUUUGGUGAUAAUAAUGAUUCAGAUGAGGAAGAUGGUACAGAUUGGGUUAAAAAAGCUCUUCAAGCAGAAGGAGAAAAAAAUAAAUUAAGGAAGCAAGUAAAAUUAAAUAUGCAAAAGGCUUUAAAGGAAGACCCAACAAUAUUUCAAUAUGAUGAAGUAUAUGAUGACAUGGAAAGAACAAAAGAUCAGUCCAAAACUGCAAAAGAAAUCGAGAAAAAGAAACCAAGGUAUAUUCAAAAUCUUUUAAAAGCUGCUGAACGUAGAAAGAAGGAGGAGGAAUAUAGAAUAGAAAGAAUGGUUCAGAAAGAACGUGAAGCAGAAGGAACAAUGUAUGCAGACAAAGAAAGUUUUGUUACUUCUGCAUAUAGAGCAAAAUUAGAAGAAUUCAAAAAAAUGGAGGAAGAGGAAAAUAAAAUGGAUAGAUUAGAAGCUAUAGCAGAUGUUAGAAAACAACAAGAUAUUUCAGGAUUUUAUAGACAUUUGUAUGAACAGACUAUUCAGUCUUCAGAAAAAUCUAUUCAGUCUUCAGAAACUAAAAAUAAUACAAAUGAUCAUAAAACUGAUUUAGGUAAUAAUUCAGAAAAUAAAGAAAUAGAUAUCACAAACAAAGAACAGAUUAAAAGUAAAGAGAUAAAAAAGAAUAGACAAUAUAGGCAAAGAAAAAUAGAAGAAGAUAGUGAUACAGAUAAUGAAAUUCAUCAAAAAAGAAAAAACGAAACAAAAACUGUUGUAUCUGAAAAGCAUAAAGAUGUUGAAAGCGAAUCUGAAAAAAUAGAACCUAAUGCUAAAAAACAAAAGCAUCUAACUGAAGAUACUAAACAUGAAAAAAGUCUUACUGAAAGCAAAAUAGAAAAUUCAAAAGAUGUUGAAAAAAUAAAAAGUAAUAAAAACAAUGACGAAACUGAAAAAACAAAUAUUAGUGUAAAAGAAAAAAUAAAAGCAGAAAAGAGAGAGAGAUCUAAAAUUUGGGAAAAAAGAACAGUUGGAACUCUAUUUGAAGCAGCAUUACAAAGAUAUUAUGCUAGGAAAUCUAUGAGCAUACUUACAACUACUUCGGAAUUCCAGAUAUUAAUUGGUGGAUCAGGUGCAAUUGGCAUACCUUCACUAAGAACAGAAUCUUCUUUAACUGUUAUAUCUUUAAGAUAUUUUUCUAUAAUUUUAGCAGUUUCUUUAGCUCUGACUAUUGUUGAUUGUACAAUCAAGGAAUAUGGCAAUCCUAAUUCCUGUAAUCUUUUUCCUGUUGCUUCUGCCUGUUGUCUACCUUUAUAA